AGAUCGGACAGACGGCAACUGUUAAUGAGACGGAGCUAGAGACGUCAAGUAUAGAGGUAGUAUAGGCGCGCCAUCGACGAGCAAGGCAGGGCAAGGUGGAGCACCUCACGCAUAGAUUUCGAUAGAUCGGCAGCACGCAGCCAUGGAUUGGCGAUUGUUCUUGCUUCUGUGGAUGAUCACGACUCCAGCAUUGCGCGCGGCGCCAGCGAUCCCAUCGCGCGCCGUGCACGAUCGCGAGAUUUCGUCGCGGAAUACGCACAAGAAGCAGGCCAGCCCAGAUCUAGGCCCAAGAUCGCCGUUGAAUCGUCCGCGAGCAGAUCCUAGCACGGUAAUCUCGUCCUCCAUUCCACAUUCCUCCUCCUCCGGGGAUUCUUUGCCCAAAAUCUCGUCCAAGGGUUCCAGCUCCAGCUCCGUCCUGGCGGCGCUCAUGGAAUCCCAGUACACGGAGCUCAUGGAGCUCAUGGGGCACGCAGGGAUGCUGGAGCCGCUGGAGAAAGUCGUAGGGAAGGGCAGCAUCACAAUCUUCGCUCCCAGGAACGCUUACAUGGAGCAACAGGUGGACAGCGAAUUCAAGCAUUUCCUCCUCGAGCCCGGGAACAUCAAGCACUUGCGCCAGGUUCUCAAGCACCACAUCGUCCCCGGGAAGAUAAUGUCGGAAGAUUGGAGCAACCGGACGGUGAGAACACUCUCCACGGAGACCGUGCGCAUCCAUUCCCACCGCGGGAUCAACCGGGUGGAGCUGUCCGAGGUGACCAGCCCCAAUGAUAUCAACAAGAAGGAUGGAGUCGUCCACGGGGUGAAUGGAUUGCUGGUGCCCAGAUCGGUCCAGGAGGCGUUCUCGGUGAAGAAGCUGGGCAGCAGCGCGAAUGCACUACUGCCACAGGCAUCGCCAGAGUUUGAUCCACUGGGGGCGAGUCUGGCGGAGAUGAGCAAGGAGUUCCAGGAUUUCCUCGAGGCCGCCGAGUCGCCACUACCACUCGAGUUUGCUUACGCCCCCGAGGUCGCCCCGGCCCCAGCUCCGGGACCAUCUUCCGGCAAGCACCGGGUCUACACUUGGGAAGACGUGGACGACUUCGUAUCGACAUUGGCGAAUUUUGGGGGUUACAGCGAGAUGGCGGAGCUACUGGUGAAUUUGACAUCGUUUGCCUGGGACAUGGCCAAGCUGGUGAACGAGGGGCACAGAUUGACGCUCUUGGCGCCCAACGAUCAUGCCAUGGACCAUCUCACCACCGAGCAGCUCAACGCCCCCGGGGGAUUGGAGGCGAUUCUCAUGUACCAUGUCCUCACGGAGUACCAGACCGAGGAGAGUCUCUACAACGCGGUGAGAAGGUUUGAGAAGGUGAAGUUCCUCACGCUAUGGCAGCCGCAUACGAUCCACGCCAAGGAAACAGAUGGAACUGUCCAGUUUGGUGAGGGGGAAAGUGGCGCGCUACUUUACGAUCACGAUAUCUUCACAGAUGGCCACAUCUCCAUACAAGGCAUCAGCAAAGUUCUGACGAUACCACCAGCAGAGACCAAGGAUCCCAAGGAGGUUGUACGCGGUGCUGGCAGCCCGAAGAGCAAGCGUGGGAGAGGGCUGUUUGAGACGAGAUCAAAACAAAGCGGAUUUGGCAUCACGCAAAGCAUUCGCCAGUUGCUACAUUUUUAGUCAGGGGACCUGGGGUAAGGACACAACAGCAACUGGUCCGCAAAUUUUAGUGGAGAAUCUCCAAUUAAAUGCAUUGGUUGGUAGUACGUGUCAUCCUUGAGCGGGGGAGUGAGCAACAUCAUCAAGGUCACUUCGUUUUGGAAUUUAAAGUUCUCGAGCUCGUCCAGCAGAGUUGGAACCGGGGUUGGAUUUUUCUCUUCUCAAGGUUGCAGUUGCAGUUUACAAUGAUCUUGCAAUUCUUCCGAUCGACCGACGCUGCGAAGACACAGAUGGUGGUGAUCACUCCUUUGAAGUUCGCAGGCUCCUCUUCUCACUACUCAAGUGAUGGUUCAUCGCAAAUGUAAUUACAGGUGCACAAGCGCUAGGCCGCUUCAUAUUUUUUUAGAGGGCUGUAGAAGAGCAGGCUGGAGUUACUCCUCAGCGAUUCUUCCCCGGGAUUUGCAGCAGGAGAAGAAGAAAAAGAACCAGGAAAACAUAAAAAGAAGCAGGGAAAGAUGGUGGAUCGGCACUCUGGGAAAGAAAAAAGAAAAAAAAAAAAGGAUGGACAGUGGACAGACAUCACUCUGGCAUAAGCGGAAGAGUUCCUUUGGUAGCAUUCUCAGGAACUCAAGCAGCAGCAGCAGGACGCGUGUGUAGAAAAUGCUAUCUAUCUUCAUGGAUAGACAGGAGAAACGCUGGGGGUAUGCCACAAAAUAAGACUGGAUUCCUGCUCUCGGUAUCCUGUAUUUUUUCGAGGCUCAAGUUGUAAAAAGUUUGCCAAGAGGAGAGAGCGUUGCUUGCUACUCCCCAUUUCUUGGAGAAAAAAAACUAUCUCUCUCAGUGGCCACUGGUUUGUGAAUAA